GGGACGCCAGACUUUUCAAAGGGAAGUCCAGAAGAAGAACUCCAAACAAUAAACAAUAACACAACAAUUAAUAUCAACAUUCCUAAGUUACGCGACAAAUUUUAUGAUCAGGGAAAAAAAAACCAGAUCCAGUUUACCCCCAACAAGUGA